CAAAAUCCUAUCAUUCAGAUUUCAAUGCGUAGAAAAAGAAUUAAAAACACUACUCACUAAAUUGUAAAAUUAAAGAUACUUCCAAACAUAUUGUAACAGUCUUUUAUUCAGAUUAUAUAAGUAAUAAUAAUAAUUCAGAAGAAGUACCAAUCUGGUAAAAGAAUCUAGUAGUACAUUUGACAAACCUUUCCUUUUCAAAGGCAAUGAUCUGUAGCAUUUUCAUUUCCUCCUUUCAAUUCCAUGAAUAUAUUUGGAUGAUGAUGUGCUGAUGGCAAACCAAAAACCAUGAGUGAAAACCAUCAUCCCUUCACUCCCCACCUCUCAUAUUCCCUUUUCUUUUCCUUCUUCUCGGUUUUUUUUUUUUUUUUUUUCAUGUCAUCAUCUUUUCCUUCAUAAUAAUUUCCUUUCUUUCCUUUUAUUUUGGGUUCUCCUUCUUUAGUAAAAAAAGCGUGAAUAAGUGUGAAACUAUCAAGUCCUUUUUCGGCCUCAACAACUUUAGCAAACAGAGUCCGUGAAACCCAAUUAUCCUUGAUGCUAUUGGAGCCAAAUUAAGUUCCUGGUUCAGAAAAUUGUGCACAGUUUUUGUUUAUAUGGAUAGCCUUGUUUCAGUCAAAGGAGGGAAUCGAAUGCUUGAAGGAGAUAAUGCAGGUAUAUUGUUCGGGGCAACAACCAUGGGUUUUUUUAUAACUAUGUUCAUAUGCAGGGUUUGGCUUCUCUAGUUAUUGACUGUAGGAAAGGAGAAGAAUAAGAAGAGCCUAGUAUGGAGGGCAUUGGUGAUCUGCCAAGAGAAUUGUUCCUUGAAAUCCUCUUACGGCUGCCGGUAGAAUCUUUGAUGCGAUGCAAGUGUGUUUGCAAAUACUGGUACGCUCUGAUUAGCAAUCAUAAAUUCAUUGAAUUGCACCUUAAGUACAACAGCAGCAACAAUGUAUGUGUCCUUCUCAAGCGCUGCCUUCUGACAUGCUUAGGAGAGAAAGAAAAUAUGUUGUCAUUGGUCUGCUGCGAUGGGUUUUCUUUUGUAAAUUUAGAUGUUGAUUUGUCCUUGUACAAGAAGGAGCCAUGUUUAGAGCUUUUAGGUCAUUGUGAUGGCAUUAUUUGCCUAUCAAAUUACCGAGAUGAUAUAGUUCUAUGUAACCCUGCAACUAGGGAGUCCAUGGUGCUGCCCCAGUCUUGUCUCCCUUGUUAUCCAUCAAUCCCAAAUUUGAUCCCGCAAACCAGUGCCUUGGGAUUUGGUUAUGAUGAAAAAAGUCAUCACUGCAAAGUUGUUAGGAUUGUUUCAUAUUGGGAGGAGAUAAAUGGGAGUGGCUUACCCCACCUUUCCAGGGUUGAAGUAUACUCUUUGGGAACUGGUUCUUGGAAAGAAAUCAAUGUUAAGGUCCCUGCCUAUGUCUGGUAUUCUCCAUGUUUUGAAACAUACUUUAAUGGAGCAUUUCAUUGGUAUGCUAUAGACGAUAACAGAAAUGAAGUCAUCCUUUCAUUCCACAUGGGAAAUGAGGAGUUCCAAGUAAUAUCAAUGCCAAGUUUUCUAUCCAUUUAUGAUUAUUCAAUGUGUAGGAGUCUUUUGGUGUGGAAUGGAUACAUUUCUCUAGUAAUCUAUCCAGGAAAGGGGAUUGAAAAAACAUUUGAGAUAUGUGUGAUGAAGGAAUAUGGAGUGAGGGAAUCUUGGACAAAAAUAUUGACAAUUGGACCUCUUACAAGAGUGGAAAUGCCUUUGGUAUUUUGGAAAAAUGAUGAGAUUCUCAUGGAAGGCUCUGAUGGACAGGUGGUGUUUUACAACCUUAAGGACAAAGAGCUCAAGGAUCUUCCAAUCUAUGGGGUUCCAAAGUCAUUCUCAACUCUUGUAUAUGUGAAUAGCCUUGUUUCGGUCAAAGGAAGAAAUCAAAUGCUUGAUCAAGCAGAUAAUACAGAUUUUGGUUGGUGAAGGCUUUUGCAUCCUGGGUAACCUUCCUCAGGUUUAACAGAUGCACAGGAAAUGAUCCAUGGAGUAUGAAUGAAAGUUGAGAGCACUGUACUCUCAUGAGUUAGACAUGUGGGAGGAUCAAAGAUCAAGCUGCCAGGAUGAGGAUCAAUGGAUAAGAAAGGAGAAAUGAACAGAAAAAUUAUCAUCAAUGUAAAGAUAUUGUCAUAAAUGUACAGAGAAACUUAACAUCUAAACUUGGGUUUAUCAGAAUCUUUGUGCUAUAAAUAAAGAUUUUUAAUAUCAAUAAAGUGUGGCUCUCUGAAAUUUUCUGGUUUGAGUGA